AACCCCCCAUCACCGCCCUUUACAGUUUGUUUACAAGUAUCAAAGUUGUAAUUGAGGAGCUGCCAAAGACACAUCAGGAUAUUUUUUUUACCCCCUUCUUUGUGUUAGGGAGUGAUGUGCAACUAAUUAAAGGCAGACAGGCGGAUUAGCGUCUGCAAAUCCAAGCCCCCCCAAUACAGAGGCUGCUGUGACAGUUCCUGGGGAGGAGAGAAUGCCAGCGGAGAGGCUGCCUGAGACUUCGCCGUCUGCAGAGAUGCACCCCGAAGAGGAUUAGAGGGCAACGCGCUCCCCCCUUCCCUCCCCCCCCGACUGACCCCGCCGGCCACCCCGCACCCGCCCCUGCCCACCCGACGGCUCCAGUGGCCCUCCUCCCCACCCUGCCCUUCCCUCCCCUGACCCUCCCCGGUCCCCCCUUCCUCUCCUCCUCUUCCUCCUCCUUCCCCUCCACCCUGUUGCCCCAAGCCCACCCGCACCCCUUGGGCACCAUGAACACCAACGUGUGCGUGGAGACGGGGCCCAACCCCGAGGCGCCGGGGCUGCCCAAGGAGAACCACCUGCCCGAGGGCGCGCUCAACAGCCUUGUGGAUUACAACUCGGAGAUGGAGAGGUACCGCUCCUUCGCCACCUUCUACAAGACCAACGGCGGGGCCUUCCCGCAGGCGGCCAAGAUCGCGCGCAUCACCACCCCUAUCUUCCCCAGUGCCGCCGCCGCGGCCGCCGCGCGCAUCGGCAUGUCCCCCUGGAACUGCGACACGGCCACGGCCGCCGCCGCCACCGCCAUGCUCUGGGGCAGCGGCGCAGGAGGCGGCGGCGCGGGCGUCGGCGGCCCCAACCCGGCGGCCGCCGCGGCGGGCGGCGUGGCCCGGAAAGCGUCCUCUUCGGCGGCGGCGGCUGCCGCUGCGGCCGCCGCCGCCGCGGCCUCGUCAGUCGCAGCGUCGGCGUCCGCUUCGCCCGCCUCUUCUCUGCACGCCGCCAGCAGGAGCGGCGGCGGCGGCGGCAGCCUGCACCAUCGGAACGAGUCCCAGAGGCUGGGCAAGCCUGGCUGCGCGCCAGCCGAGCAGGCCUCGUUGCAAAUGGCAAAUAAUAAUUUCCUCUCCACCUUAGCCCCUGAACACUGCAGACCUUUGGCUGGGGAAUGCAUGAACAAGCUCAAAUGCGGCGCUGCUGAAGCAGAGAUAAUGAAUCUCCCCGAGCGCGUGGGGACUUUUUCCGCUAUCCCGGCUUUAGGGGGCAUCUCAUUACCUCCCGGGGUCAUCGUCAUGACAGCCCUUCACUCCCCCGCAGCAGCCUCAGCAGCCGUCACAGACAGUGCGUUUCAAAUUGCCAAUCUGGCAGACUGCCCGCAGAGCCAUUCCUCCUCCUCUUCGUCCUCCUCCCUGGGAGCCGCCGGAGGAGGAGGGGGAGGAGGCGGGGGAGGGGGAGGAGGAGGUGGCGGCGGCGGCGCUGGAGGAGGAGGAGGGGCAGGCAACCCUGCCAAGAAGAAGAGGAAAAGGUGUGGGGUCUGCGUGCCCUGCAAGAGGCUCAUCAACUGUGGAGUCUGCAGCAGUUGCAGGAACCGCAAAACGGGACACCAGAUCUGCAAAUUUAGGAAAUGUGAAGAGCUAAAGAAAAAACCUGGCACUUCACUAGAGAGAACACCUGUUCCCAGCGCCGAAGCAUUCCGAUGGUUCUUUUAAGCAGUAGUAUAUCUUAUUUUCAAGGCAGCCUGAAGUGAAUGGCAAGCUAAAGUCUUGUUUUAAGAAACUGCUUAGUCCACCACUGAAGAAUAUAUUAAGAUACUAUUUUCAUUUAUGUAUAGGGGUUUCCUCAAAAGCAAAUUAUCAAGUAGAGUGGUCUCCAGGUAAGAGGAGGGGGGGAAGCAGCACUGUAGAACACUUCUGAGACAAAAUGGAACUCCCUGCACUAAAUUACCUGAAAUCUGGCUCCGAUCCCAUCAAGGAUUGAUGGCUCCUUUCCCAUCAGUUGGCUUCUAUCCCAUCAAGUUCACAGUCUGAUGUUUGUUGAACGACUGGCCCACUGUGCUUCAUAGUUCGCUAUCUCAUGUUUCCAUGUUGUUCAAACAACCCUCAUGCAGUCACUCAACCACUCUCUCUCCAAAUAACCCAGUUGCAUCCUUUCCAAUUGGUUCUAUUCUAACUUCUGCUGUUUGCUUUCCUCUCUAGUGGCCCUCUGCAUAAGAGAACACUAACCAGCUUCAUGAGGGCUGCUCUCUUAUCAGGAGACCACCGUAUCUGGGACCCUGGGGAAUUGGCCAGUUUACUCACAUUCAGUACACCAAUUCUUUCUUUGAUGUAAUUUAGCUAUUCUAGUGAAGUUGUUGUCUAUUUUUAAAGUGGCUGUAAAAAAAAAAAAGUUUGGGUAAACCCCUGCUAUAAAAUAAUGUAUCUUUACAAAUUACCAUAUCUACAUUUUCCAAUAUAUGUGUUUCAGUACUGUAAACUGUACAGAUAGCAGCUUGUAUUUUGUGUGUUUAGACACAAGGAGACAAUCACGUCUGAGCAUCUAUGGAGAUUAACUGUUUGUACACAACAGUGUGGUUCUGCAAAUUAAAUCUGGAGCAAUAAAUUCAAGCUUUAAGUAUUAUUUUUGCCAGUUGUCCAGUAGCAGCAGGAAUGGCGGUGCUGUUUUUUCAAAACAUGCAUCCUUUCACUGAAACUUAAUGUGAAGUUUUGCAAGAGUAAAUAUUAUGAUGCAUCCACCAGACACUUUCAGACCAUACUGUUGUAUGAAAGGAAGACAUAAAACAUUAUGGUUAAUCUUUGUGAGCACUAUAUUAGAGUAGCAAUUACGCACUUGCAUUGCUUUGGAAAGAGCUUUAAAGACUGGGAUCCCCCCAAAGCACGUGCUGUUAAUUGAGUGACUUUGUACUGCACCCCAUAGUAGAGUUUACAGCAUAGGUGGACAUACAAAAUCAAUUUUCCAGAGAGUUAUAUAAAACUUGCUUUAGAAUGCAAAAUGAAGAGAGUACCAUAUCUUAAGGGUGGGGGGGAAUCUAUGACUCAAUAUAUUUACCUUCUCACUGAAAGUUCCUUUAUAGACCUUUCAGUAGAAAAAUAAUUAAAAACUUUAUAAAGUAUAUGAAACUAUUUUCGCUCAAUGUGCAGCAUUCAGUUCUUAGACUAGUUUGUAAAUUUAGAUGGAGUUGGGUCUUUUCUUCAGUCUUCUCAUCAGGUCGUGAAGGCCUGAAUAUCAUUAAGGUGUUUACAAAAAUUAGGACUUUAAUAAAAUAAAAGUGAGAGAAACAAUGAUAUCUAUUUUCUUUAAGCAAUUGCCCUGUAUCAGCCCCUUAGGCAGUCAAGGGAUUUCUCCAAUGUGAAAUUUCAGCUACAAUUGCCAACACUGGGUUUGUUGAUGAAGCUAUGGUCAAAUUAUUAAUAUUAAAUAAAGCAAUGGUAUGCAGGUUACUUCAUCACCUUGACCAUCUCAUCAAAUUACAAUGCUACACAUAUAUGUGGGGGUUUUUAAAGUGUGAAUUUUCAGUGCUAGUGGGUGGAAAAAAGAGGGAUUUUUUCCCCCUAAAAAGAUAUCUUUUUUCUAAAAAGAGAAAAGGGGAAGAGAUUUAGGAAUGUUCAUGGCCUUAGUUGUGCUAAAUCUGGACUGAAUGGAGAGUGUGAAAGCUCCCACAGAAUUAUGAAACUAUCUGGCAGAUCAUUAUGCUUCAUCUUUUUUAUUUUAUUUUUAAAAAGUUAAUUUAUAGCCCUCCUGAUUGUGGAGGGGGGGGGGAAACUAAAACAUACUGGCAGCUUCCUAAAGAAAGGUGUACAAACCAGAGGCUUUCUGUAUGGCAUUUCCACUUGCCUUGUGGUGGUGAUUAUGACUUCUGUAUUCAGCACAGCCCUUAUAUCAGAAUAUGCUUUCCCCCUUUCCUAUAAGGGUGCAUAUAUGGGAUAGCUUAGCAUUGAUGGGUUACUCAUUAACACACUUUAACUACUCUUGUUUUACUCACAAUCACGCUUUCAUAUUCAAAAGAAGGGAUUUCCCACCUUUGCAUUGCAUGCCUAGGGAUGAGGAUGCCAAUCACUUUUGUGAUUGUGAGUACAGAAUGAGAUGUGGUAGAUAUUCCUGGUCAACUAAUUUAAAGCCUGUGAUCUUGUGAAUGUGACUUUUUAUACCUGUUCCCUCCAUUGGAGUUUUGCACAUCAUUUUCCUUACCUGUCUGCUCUCACCCACUCACUGCCACAAAACUGAAAAAAGAUGAACAUUUUGCAUCAGGAACAAAAGAUUCAAAUAUAUGCAAAGUCAGUUGAUUUGCAUAAUAUAUUCUUGUUGAGGAAUGCCUUGUCACAAAAUAUGAGGUUUUGGGUAAAGAAUUCUAAUGUCCACACAGAUGCAAUAAUAGGACAUGCCCACAUACAAUUUCUUACCUUAGCCAUUUGUACAUGUCCCUUGUUUUCAUUUUAUCAUGGGCCAAAUUCACAUGCUUCAAGGCUACUGGGUGUUGUGGACAGCAGUAAAGCGUGAUUUAAGAUGAGCAGAAAAGGCCAUCCCUAUCAAUCAUUUCUCUGCUCUGACUUGUUUUCAACUGCCUUUAAGAACAAGAGUUUGUUAAUCAGUUUUUAGUAUCCGUUUUGUGACCAUCUAACCUCUGAAAGUAGGAAAGUUUAGGAGUGGAAAUUGGUUUUCUUUCAUCACACAGCAAGGACAUGCUAUGUAAUCCAGAGAAAGUGAAGCCUACUGAAAUCCCACUGAAAUCAAUGGCGUUUAAGUGCUUAAACGUUCUCAUAAGACAAUGGAUGCCUAUGAGAUAUGUGAAUUUAACUUUUUGAAGAUUGAGCCCAUUGAGUUCCAGAUUCUUUUCACAGCUCUGUACAUCUUUGGGACAUUUCUCUGCGGUUUUCUACUGGAAAGCCUGCAUGAUAUGGAACAUUCUUCUCAUGUAGAGUUGUAACUAUACAAAGAAAGGGCUAAUUCUAAUGUGUGGAACGUAUCUGUGUGAAUGUUCCCAUAUCCACACCUACCUCACACAUGGGCUGCACCUGGCCAGUUUUUCAUGUGUCUAUGCCCUGAUAUGCAAAGGACUGUGAGAAUAGUCAAAAAGUGUUAAAUAGGAGGCAAAAUAUAAGUAAUAACUUCGUUUUGUUUGUGUGUUUGGUGUAGAAAGGUCAGGAUAAGCAUGGGGAACUGGAAGCAAUACCAAGGUUGUAUGAAGUGGAAGGGCUGAUAUAUUGGCAGAUCAUUAGGUGGUUACAUAGUUCUGAGGUGCAUGCAACAUGGCAUCAUAUUCAUACCUGCAGGGAAGAAAUAACACUCCAUUUCCAGUAAUAUCAUUAAUAAAAUAAAUAACCAUACUGCAAACUUUUACAUUUUUUUUAGUUGUAAAAUUGUGUACCUGGUGUUAUUUCAUUUUAGCUGUUCUGCUCCAAGGCUCUUGCAGGCACCUGCAAGUACAGAGAUGGAAGGUGCUUUUCUAGCACUUCUGGAAUCCAGACCAGUUGGCUGUUUUGACUCAUGCUAACAACUGCCAGGGCUCGGCCAAGAUUUUGCUGUUCUAAGGGGCUGCCAUGCAUGGUCUGAGAAGUAUAACUCGGCAUCUCCUGCGACAUUGUGAUAUCGUAAGAUAUCCUGAAGUGUGCCUCUUAGAUUGCAUGCAGCAUCUGUUUCCCUUUGGCAUCUUGCUGCUGAGCAUCAAAUGACCCUUUCCCUUGAGCAACAAUAUAGUAGUCACUCAGCAUGCUAAAAUACUGCCUCCAAUGACCAGUUGGAAAGCUUGCAUAAUUGGGCUGGCCCUGGUGCCUCUUAGUCCAUAUGACUGAAAGGGAGGGGUACAGUUCAGGCUGUUCAGUAUAUAGGGCUGACUUCCUGUCACCCAAGAGAAAAGGUGUCCAUCCUUCCUGGGGGACACAUCUGCAUUCCUUGUUGUGCGCCAUCUAGAUGAGCCCCUUAUCAUUUCUCUUCCAUAAUUGUGGAGCAAUAGAGCUACAUACGACCCCUUUUUUUCAUGUGACAAAGAAAAAACAAAUUAACAAAACCAAACUGAUAAUUGAUUAUCAGUAUUGCAAAUGAUUGAGGCCUUACUUGCCCAUCUGGCUGGUCAGCUUGCCUUGUUUGGAAGGAAUUUUGUGAUUGCUGUUAACAAAAGUAGGGACAGAAUUCAGUUCGGGCUACAUUAGAUGUACAAUGAUUCAUAGCGAUGUACUUACUGUCUAAUACCCUGAUGUUUGCAUGUGUCAAUGUGGUUUCAUUUCUGGGUUCUUUUUGGUUUGAUUGAUUUUAAAGAACUAAUAAAUUUGUAUAUUGUAAUUGUGAUGUUUUACAUGUCAAGAUCUGAAUUGUUAAAAAUUCCAAACCUGUUAAUUAUUUUUUAAAAGCACAUGAAUGUCUUUACUUUGAUUCCUGAAAAAUGUUUGAGGGGUGUUUUUCUUUUUAGUAUAGUUCCACAGUAUUGUCAAGAUUUUUCAUUUGACCAACACAUUAUUUGUAUGAUGUAGUACAUAUCUUAGAGCAUUUUGAUUAUGGGUGUUUGAAGAAGGAAAUCUCUUUUCUGGCCUCUGAUCCUCUUUUUCUCCUGUAUGUGCUAUCAAUUUAUUUGUAACAUAGAUUACUAUCAGUGUCUAAUCUCAUUUGUGUUUCCUAAAAUGUCCUUGAAUAUUUUAGAAUCUAUAAUAUGACCUUUCAUCCUUCCCCCACAUUUUUUAAUGAGCAAAAAGAGAGAGAAUUAUAUGAGCGAGAAAUAAUUUCUUGUAGGGACUCUCCUUUUACGUCAGACAAAGGGGCAUCUCUGCAAAUACCAAUAAAUGUGUUUGCAGAGCGCCGUCCUCCAUUAAAAUGAACAAGGAAGCACAUCUCGUUCAGGAACUCUGUGCAUGCCUCAGAAUAUUUGUGAGGCUCAAGGUUAAGACAAAAGAGCAUACAUCAACUUUGAUGUCUCGUAAAACAGAGCAUUAAGUAUGCCAAACUAAAUGCAGUAUUUUCUACUACACGGCAGAUAAACCUGUUCAAUUAUAAGGCUGCUAGGGAAGUGCACAUAGGCAUUAUGGGAAUUAAUAACAGACAACUCUAUAAGAGAAAGGAAAUAUUCCCUUUUGUUCCGAACCCCCUGGUAUGUGUCGUACAAUUAACACUAAAGAAUAUGAAGUCUUUAAGCUGGCUAUGUCUGUAAUCAAAUAAUGAAAAAAGAAAGUAAUUAAAUGAACAUACCAUCCAGGGUCGAAUACAUCCAGCAAAAAGCAGUGGUUGGUCUUUGAUCAUGGUUGGAUGCAUAGUGAUAUCAAACGGUUGGUUCUCAUGUAACAGCUAAAUGUUUCAGAUUUUGUUUUUAUUAAAUUUGGCAGUUUCACACUGAGAUCUGCUGAUUCCUGGCAAAUAAGAGACAGCUCAAAUGUGAGAAAGUGUUCCAUUUUCACAAUUGCAGGGAGCUAGGAUUACCGUUUUUCUCAGAAACAUGGGCCACAAAAAUGUACUCCUUUCACACUGUUCUCCUAUUUCUGAACUGUGCAGUUAUCUAUUAAAUUUUCUAAUAGAUCUUUGUGUAAGGUGUAUGUAUGCUUGUGCAAUUAUGAAAAAAAGCAGUUUUGGAAAAUGGUGUAUUUAUUUCAAAUCACUUAUGGGGCAUGUACAAAACUGUAUAAAACAUUCAAUUUGCCCAGUAAAGUUGUUUUUGUGAUAUUUCUGUGUUGUUGAAUAAAGGAAUUUAGUACUCUAAA